AUGAAAGGCUUGGCUACCAUUAAGACGGAUUCGAACCUCCGAUCGAUCGUGCAAGCAGCGGAACCUCUAGCCGACUGCGCCAAUCAGCACCACCUCAGAUUCGUGUGCGGAGGAGGUUCUGGCUGCUGCGCUCGUGCUCCUCCUCCUGUGGCCAGCUGUGGAAGUGGAUGCCAACAAGGCUAUCAAUGCGGAACGUACGGAUGUACAAGAAGAAAAGCUCUCUCGUCACUCACCACUAGAAUUGAUGGAGUGAUUGUCGGCGACGAUAAUGGUGAACAAGCCCAUACGGCACCUCUGCAUGAGAAGGCUCACGUGAUCGCGAACGUUACCUUUGAAAGACUGACGAAUCCCAACUUCAUAUUCCACUCAUGUUGCGAAGCCCGUGGUCUGCCAGACGCCUGUCUUCACUAUUGCCAUUUCAACACCUACACGGCAGAUUCUCUUGAACGGAUGUUCCGAAAGGAGGACAAAUGCCCUAUCGAAGCGGCUCAUGAAAUUCAUUACUGCGCUGCACAAGGAGUCGACCAUACUCAGUGCUGCGCCAAGAACGGGGUAGGGGAAACUACAGCUGGAAACAAAUGUUUGGCUUUGUGCGACCAGAGACCAAAUAGGAUCACCGCCCUUAAUGUCUCGUAUCUCCCUUGCUACGACAUUUUCGAGAAUAUGAAGCGUUGUUUCUUCGUUUCGAUUAGAACGAAGGCAGAGGGAAAGUUCGGAAGUUGGCGGAAAGCUCCUGAGUCCGAAGCAUUAAAUCUUUCCAAAGAGUUCUAG